AUGCCUAUUCCGACAGAUGCUACCGUCACGGCCUCGACGAAGGUCUGGUCGGCGACGACGACGGCGACAAUCGCUUCCCCUGGGGGCGAUGCGACCACCGAUUUCGUGGUGCCGAUGACGACGCCAUUUUCGAUGCCGCCAGGCUGCCUCGACUUUGACGGCGCUGCCAUGUACACACAAUUGCAACAUUACGAUUCAAGCGAUCAGAACGUGACCCAUCUGACGCGGAAUUUCUACGAGAUGGACACUCAGUCGUGCUGGCCCUCGGGCGUGUACAAUGCCACCUACAGCCCGGCCGUCUGCCCGAGCGGCUGGACGUAUUAUAGCAUUAUGCCUGGCGACUACGACGAGCCGGUCACGGUUACGGAAUCGCCUUCAGACGCUUCUACGGCUUAUGCGACGACGUCGUACACAAAUCAGAUCUCUGCCGUCUGCUGUCCCAGCGGCUUCGAACUGUCCGUCUUAACAUGGUCCACGGACACCAAUAUCGACCAUGUCUGUUCCCGCACCGUCACCUCCGGCGAGCUCUCCAUCAUAGUCACCAAUCAACCCGACGGUAGUCCUACGCUCUUCCAAGGCUCGGCCACCCUAAUGAUACCCACGCCAAUGACCGUCUCCUGGAACGCGGAGGACGCCUCGACCCUAACACCCCAGCCGCCCGACAUCCCCGUAUACUCCUUUGCCCCUUCGUGGGUGCCGGGCCAGUCCGUGACCGUCUACGACAAGGUUCGGUACGACGACUCGCCCCGCAACAACCGCCUCGCGACGGGCGUUUUUGCCGCCGUCAUUGCGGUGCCCAUUGUGCUCUUCCUCGCCAUCCUGGGCUGCUGCAUCUGCUGCUUCCGCAUACGCCGCCGGCGCGAGAAGCGCGAAAUUGCAAAGGAGCAAGAGGAGUCGCAGGCGUUGGCCACGGAGCGCACGUCUACGCAGGAGCGCACGCCGAAUCACUCUACAGAUGGCGAAGCAGACACGGCGGAAGAAGAGGGCCCGGCAAGCGAGACGGUAGCGGCCGUCGCGGCAAGCCCCUCGGUCAACGCUCGUCAAGUGAGCGCUGAUGUACAACGGCCUGCUGCUCAGGACCCUGCGGGAGGAAACACGAACGUGCACCCCUUGUCUGACAUCUCAAAGCCCCCGUAUCCAGGGCUGCCCUCGCAGGGAUUCGAUGGAAUUGAAGAACCGCCGCCGUAUGUCGAGGCUGCCCCAAGCUAUCCGCUGCAGAGCAGCUCAGCAACAGCAGCACCGACCUCACCGACCCAAGAUGGCACGACGCGCGACGAAACCAUCAACAGACUAGCGACAUGA